AUGGCCUCUGGUGCUGGAAGUGGCAAAUCUUGCAAUGCAACUGAAUUACCCAAUGUAUUGCACCAUUUAUUUGAUGACAACCCAGAGCUGAAGAAAUGUAUUGAUAAUGCACUGGUCUUCAAUCUUUCAUUUGAGAAUGGUACUAAAAUUGACCCAAAUAUUGAGAAAAAUGCCAAGAAUGCCAUUGGUAGACAUAUGUUCCAUCAACUCAAAUAUCAUGAUUGGUCUACAAUAUGUGAUAAAUAUAGGGACAUCUCACCACUUGAUGUAUUACAGGAGAUUUCCAAGAAAAAGAAUGUGCAACUUGAAGAUCUAACAGUCAUUAUCAUCAUUGAUGGACUAUAG